AUGCAGGUACCUAUUAUGGCAUCCGGUAAUCCACCAUUUAUCAUAAGGGAUCAUCUUUAUUCCAUAGAUGACAGGUUGAAGAGAGGGAGACCACCUCCUCUGCUUAAGGGUGCCGAUGAGGAUAUAAUCAUUGAUGAAGAACCAGCGCCAGAAGCUACUCCAGUGAUCGACCCCGCAUCUAUAUCAAGGUGCUGCAUAGAAAGGGGUCUGUUUCUAGCAGUUCCUUUGUUCUUUCAAUAUCCCUGCAGCACCAGCAAGGGUUGGUCGGAGUGGGUUGACCAUGAACUGAAGAACCCGUCUACCCGUGAUAUCCUAAGCGGGGCAGGUGUGUUGGAAGCCAUCUUUGCUUCUAAGGCUUGCGACAUCCAUAUUGAAGCCAAGACGCUUCGACACUUGGUUAGACGGUGGAGUACCGAGACACACACUUUUAUUUGUUCGUGGGGAGAGUUCACUCCCACGCUUGAGGAUGUAGCCAAUAUUUUCCCGCUCCCACUUUGCGGCAGUCAAGAUCCUUUCCACAUUGCAUUAACCCCGGAAGAUGGGCUAAAGCUUGAGACUUUACGGAAGGGUGCUCCGACUUCUCCUAGUACUUCUCUAAGAUUCAUAAUUUGA